GUGGAGGGCAGAUCUGUGACUUGGGUAAGGCUGAGAUGACUAUAAACCUACUAGGAACAGAGGUGCAGUACAGUAAUCUGCCUUAUCAUGAGGAGAAAGACCCGGCCCUUUGGUGGAAUGAGGAAAGGAGGCUUUCAGAAAGGAGCACAUGUCCAGAGGCCAACACAAUGGAUGGGCAAUGGCUACAAUUCCUACAUGGAGAGUGGCAGAGGCCUUACAAUCCAGCACUGUCUCCAACAGGGAUUAUUCAAAGGAGAAACAAAAAAUCUUAUUUAUUCACCACAAUUGCCAGGGAGAAGAGGCCAACACCCACCUUGCUACAAUCUCCUUUCAGAUAGUUUUAGAGGGGGAUUAAGGAUCCUUGAGCUGGCUUCUUUCCAGGAUCCCUCAUAUGAUUUACUGUCUAGACUCUGCAAAAGGCUUGUUUCAGAAUUGGGUUUCCAGCUCAAAACAAGGAGCAAUGGGUGUCCUGUGAUAUUGUGCAGCUCAUCACUGAUGACUAAAUGACAAGUUACUGAAAAUAGCCAUCAUUGUACUCCCUUUAUAGCAAGCCUUUGCUUUGAAUGUCAUCUAACAUUCCUAGCAAUAACAUCCUGUAUAUGUUUUGAUGUAAGAUAGCAGAGCUCAAUUGCACCAAAUGACCUUUUGA